UCCCCGUCGCGGGGCGGGCUCAGGCCGGUCCCACCGCCCCGUCCGGCCUCCGGGCGGAGCCGGGCGCGGAGCGCGGAGCCGAGCGGGCGCGGGGCGGCGGCGGCGGCGGCGGCGGCGGGAUGCCGGGCUACGACUACAAGCUGCUGGAGCGGCCGCGGCGCCGGGUGCUGUGCCCGCUCUGCGGGAAGCCCAUGCGGGAGCCCGUCCGCGUCUCCACCUGCGGCCACCGCUUCUGCGACACCUGCCUGCAGGAGUUCCUCAGCGAAGGCGUCUUCAAGUGUCCAGAGGACCAGCUGCCCCUGGACUACGCCAAGAUCUACCCCGACCCCGAGCUGGAGGCGCAGGUGCUGAGCCUGGCCAUCCGCUGCAUCCACAGCGAGGAGGGCUGCCGCUGGAGCGGGCUCAUCAAGCACCUCCAGGCCCAUCUCGGCACCUGUGGCUUCAACGUGAUCCCCUGCCCCAACCGGUGCAGCGCCAAACUGAGCCGCCGUGACCUCCCCGAGCACGUCCAGCACGGCUGCCCCAAGCGCAGGGUCAAGUGCGAGUUCUGCGCCAGCGACUUCACUGGGGAGGCCUUCGAGGGCCACCAGGGCACGUGUCCCCAGGAGAGUGUGUACUGUGAGAACAAGUGUGGGGCCCGCAUGAUGCGGCGCCUGCUGUCCCAGCACGCCCUGGCCGAGUGCCCCAAGCGCACCCAGCCCUGCACCUACUGCUCCAAGGAGUUCGUCUUUGACACCAUCCAGAACCACCAGUACCAGUGUCCCCGGUACCCCGUGCCGUGCCCCAACCAGUGCGGGACACCCAGCAUUGCCCGGGAGGAUGUGCCCACCCACCUCAAGGAGAGCUGCAACACUGCCAUGCUGCUGUGCCCCUUCAAGGAAGCUGGCUGCAAGCACCGGUGCCCCAAGCUAGCCAUGGGUCGGCACCUGGAGGAGAGCACCAAGACCCACCUGGGCAUGGUGUGUGCCCUGGUGAGCCGGCAGCGCCAGGAGAUCCUGGAGCUGCGCCGGGACGUGGAGGAGCUGUCGGUGAGCAGCGACGGGACCCUCAUCUGGAAAAUCGCCGACUACGCCCGCAAGCUGCAGGAGGCCAAAGCCCGCAGCAACUACGAGUUCUUCAGCCCCCCGUUCUACACCCACAAGUACGGCUACAAGCUCCAGGUGUCGGCUUUCCUCAACGGCAACGGCAGCGGGGAGAGCAGCCACCUCUCCGUCUACAUCCGCGUGCUGCCGGGCGAGUACGACAACCUGCUGGAGUGGCCCUUCUCCUACCGCGUCACCUUCUCCUUGCUGGACCAGAGCGACCCAUCGCUCUCCAAGCCCCAGCACAUCACCGAGACCUUCCACCCCGACCCCAACUGGAAAAACUUCCAGAAGCCGGGAGCCUCGCGCAGCUCCCUGGACGAGAGCACCCUGGGCUUCGGCUACCCCAAGUUCAUCUCCCACGAGGACAUCAGGAAACGGAACUACGUGCGGGACAACGCCAUCUUCAUCAAAGCUUCGGUGGAGAUCCCCCAGAAGAUCCUGGCCUGAGCCCCGGAGGGGGACAGGAUGUGACCGGGGUGCCCCCGGUGGUGCUGAGCCCCUGCCCGCAGCCGCUGUCCCCGGCGUGGGGACGCUGCCGUGGCACCGCGGUGGCUCUCAGGACAGGCAGGGACGGGGCUGCUCCCGCGUCCCUCCUGGGGCUGGGACUGUCCCCUGGGGCAGCCCCUUCUCAGGUGCCCGGGGGUGCCGGGGGGCUGGGCCCCCUGAGCCCCUCCCCGAGGUGCCCAGCGGCCCCCGCCAGCCUCGCUGGGGACCCUGCAGGACCCCACUGGCCAGAGCCAUAUUUUGUAAACUGGUGCUCCCCAGGUUGUUAUUUAUUACCCCGGGCUGGGGCUGCUGCCCCCUCCCCACAUUUUUUUUUCUUUUCAAUAAACUUUUCUUGUAUUUAU